AUGAACAAGGAUAUAAACAUCUAUGGAAGAGUAAGAAGAAGGGGGAGGAGAAGAGAGAAGAGACCGAGGGGGAGGUCCUUGUCAUCAGGUUCCAGAGCAAUGAGGCGGUCGAUGAUGGUGAUAGCGUCGGGGAGUAGAUUGGUCUUCACUUUGAGCUCAAGUAGCGAUCGGAGCGCCUUGAUGUCGUCUGGAUCAGAGGGGAGGUGGGCUUUGAGUGCGCAGACUUUCUCAUCAUCGACUGAACAUGAUGCUUUCAAAGAAAUAGCAGAGACACAACCUCCAAGAGCAGUUUUGGAGAUCGCUACUUCAGUGACUCUUGUGGGCAACACUAUCAAGCUAAAUCUUGAGAAAGUUCGUGGUUACUUGGUAGAUGACGAUGUAUCCAUGGUGGGGAUUUGGGGCAUGGGAGGGGUUGGAAAGACAACUCUCUUGAAUGAAAUCAAUAACUCAUUACUUAGUGAUACUACUCUCGUGAAUGAAAUCAAUAACUCAUUACUUGGUGGUGAUACUACUCUCUUGAAUGAAAUCAAUAACUCAUUACUUGAUGGUGAUACUAAUCGGAGGUUCAAUUAUGUCAUCUCUCUGGUGGUUUCAAAAGAAACUCAAUUUGAGAAGCUUCAAAAUGAGAUAUCCAAAAGGUUAGGAUUACCUUCUGGCUCCGGGAAAAGUGACAUAUUUGAGUUUUUGAAAAAGAAGAACUUUUUGCUGCUAUUAGAUGAUAUAUGGAAGAGAGUGGACCUUCCUGAAGACCUUGGUAUUCCACUUCCGCUCCGUCAAAGCCAAAAUUCUGAAAAUAGAGGUCAAAGCUACAAGCACAAGGUGAUCUUCACAACCAGAGAUGAUGAUGUGUGUGCUCAUAUGAAUGCUCACAAGAAGAUCAAAGUUGAAUGUAUGGGUGAAGAAGAAGCAUGGCAUCUUUUCAAGCAGUUCUCAAAUGAAGAGAUCAUUAAUUCCAAUGCUAUUAUUGAACAACUAGCAAGGAAAGUUAUGAAGAAGUGCUCAGGUUUACCACUUGCCCUUAAAGUCAUUGGUCGAGCCACGUCGAAUAUGAAGACACCUGAAGAGUGGCGUCACAUGCUGAGGUCAUUAAUUAAGAUGGAUGUCAGGACUGUUACUGGUAUCGAAAAAUCAUUGUUUCACAACUUAAAGGUCAGUUUUGAUAAUUUGGCCAGUGAUACUCUCCGACAAUGUUUCUUGUGUUGUGCUCAAUGGCGUGAAGAUUUUGACAUUAAAGUCUCUGAUCUCAUAGAGCCUUGGAUUGGGUGUGGAUUGAUCAGUGACUUUGGAAACAUAGGGGAAGCCUUUGACGAGGGAUUUUCUCUCAUUGCAAAAUUAAAUGAAGCAUGUUUGUUGGAGUUGGAUUAUGACUUUACUGAUGAUUAUGUCAAAUUACAUGAUGUGAUUCGCGAUAUGGCACUGUGGAUUGUGUCUGAGUGUGGGAAGAAAAAGAACAAAUGGAUUGUUGGUGGAAGUGAUGAUGAUUUAAGACAAUUUUCAAAGUGGGAAGCAUGCAACUGGCAGGAGACAGAACUAAUAUCGUUCAAUGGUACUUUGUUUGGCAAUAGUCUCCCGAAAUUUUUAAGUGAUAAAAAUAUUGACGAAAAGGGCCAAGUUUCUAUUGCAGCAACUUCUCCUAGAUAUCCUAAUCUUAAGAGUUUAUUUAUGACUGGAUAUUGUAGAUGUGAAACAAGAGAAAUGAUGGUUAUAAACUUUUACCCUCGUAUGCCAUCUCUCACACAUUUGAACUUAUUAGGGGCACCUAUCACGGGUCUUUCAAAAGAAAUUUGA